ACUAACUCAGCACUCGGCAGUCCCAGCUCAUCCCCAUCCCUGCCCGUCUCCCCGGCCGGCCACUCGACCAGAAGCACCGGAGCGAGCGGAGACCGAUCGGAGGCCGACGGCUAUGGGCAAGCAAGCGAUGGCGCUGGCGCUGCUGUGCGCCGUCCUGCUGGCGGCGACGGCGGACGACGCGGCGGCGGCGGCGUCGUCGUGCAACCCGUCGGCGCUGAGCGCGUGCGCGCCCGCGUUGUUCGGCAGGGCGGUCACGCUGGGGUGCUGCGCGUCGCUGCGCGCGCAGCAGCCGUGCCUCUGCCAGUACAAGCGCGACCCCGCGAACCGCGCCUACGUCAACGGCCCCGCCGCGCAGCGCUUCACCCGCGCCUGCGGCCUCACCCAGAUGAAGUGCUGAUGGACCGAGAGCCUGCAUGCGCUCCGCCGGCCGCUGGAGAUGUUGUAGUAUGCGCGGCUACGUGUAUGUACUACUACUACGAGUCCACGGCGGGUCCAUGGACAUACAUACGUGCCGUCUAAAUAAAAACGCGGUCGCGGCGAGCUCGUACGUCGUGCUCCGGCAAAUCGUGGUCAUCUACGAUACCUCGUUCAGCAGGAGUAAGGCUGUGCAUGGCGCCGGUGGAUUCGGCUGUUCCCGUGAAUCGUGAUGCUCUUCAGCUGUUUCGUACGAAUAAAAUCAUGUUGCC